AUGUUGAACUAUAACUAUAAAAAGCUUUUGAAAAGCACUUCGUAUCAAAUCCUAUACACCAAUCUCUAUUCGUACCAUAUGACAAGUGGUCUAAUGGUCUCAACAAAUGCCACCGCAAACAACAAAAACAUGAUUUUGGACAAUAAGUGUCUGUUUAGUGGAGAUGUCUUCAUCAACAAUAAGAGAAGAGGAAAUAUUAUUUUAUCCAUUUGUCAAAAUAGCAAUUCAAUGACGGGUAUUUUAGAUAUUGAUCGCCGAUUAUAUUCAUUGACUCAAAGGAAGAGACAUAAGAAUAGAGUAAAACGAUGGGCAGAAUCGUAUUUCUUGGAACUGAUUCCUUACUCAACAGAUGAAAGAGGCAUUUGUGGCAAUCAUUUCAUCAAGACAAGUCGGGGACCAGAGGUCAGAGCGAAUGACAAACCUAGUCAAAACUUUGGUUUGGUUACACUAAACAUCUCCGUAUCGAUUGACGAGUUGUUAUUUAGACACAGAUUUGGUCUCGACAUGAAAUUUGCCGAAGAGUUUGCGGUCAUUCAUAUGGCAUUCCUUCAGAAGCUGUUAAAUCAACGAAAUCUAAUAGAUGUGAUCAACAUUACGAUUGUCAUCACUGACUUUUCAAUAGCACCCUAUUAUGAGACCCACAACUGGAGUACAACAGAUUAUUUGCAACAUUUCUGCCGGUGGUCUGAGGCCGCGAAGAAAGCAGAUCUUCAC